AUGGGGAAGUCCAAUGCGGAGGUGUUCGAGCUCCAGGUGAAGCAGGGGGAGCCGAGCCUGGUGGCGCCGGCUGGGGAGACCGAGAAGGGGCCUUACUUCCUCUCCAAUCUCGACCAGAACAUCGCCGUGGUCAUCCAGACGGUGUACUGCUUCAGGGAGGAGGGGAAAGGGAACGUUGACGCCGCCGAGGUGAUGAAAGCGGCCCUGGGAAAGGUCCUCGUUGACUACUACCCGCUCGCCGGGAGGCUCACCCUGAGUCCUGACUGGAAGCUCGCCGUGGAUUGCACCGGCGAGGGCGCCGUAUUCGUGGAGGCCGACGCCGACUGCGACUUGGAGGCAAUCGGGGACUUGGUGAAGCCCGAUCCGGCCACUCUCGGGAGGCUCGUCUACUCCGUCCCCGGCGCCAAGAACAUACUCGAGAUUCCUCCUCUGGUGGCUCAGGUACGCUGCUUCCGCUAGGACCUUAUUAUACAAAUUAUUAGUUUGUCUUCCUAAACUUCUCAGAAAAACGAGCUCGCUUUUGAGCGAGCUACUCUUACCAAUCAGGCCACUUGGAUCAGAACUAAUUCAUAUGUUUUCAGUCGCACACCUCGAUGCGUUGACUUUUUAAUCCCGAGUCAGUCCCAAUAUUGAGAGACAAUUGAGAUUUAUAUACAUAUAUAAAUAGAUAUAUAUGUAUUACUUUUGUUCUAGUGCUUAGGGAGCAUAAAAACUAUUUUGCAAGAACAAAUGACAAAAUUCAGCUUUCAGCCCGCUCCCGGAUACUGGGUGAUCGCUUCGGAUUACCAUAUAUCUCCAUGAAAUACGGUCGCUCACCGGUUCUCAUUCCUCAUUGCACCAGGUGACGAGGUUCAAGUGCGGGGGCUUCACGCUGGGACUGGCCAUGAACCACUGCAUGUUCGACGGCAUCGGCGCCAUGGAGUUCGUCAACUCGUGGGCGGAGACGGCGCGCGGGCUGCCCCUGUCGGUACCGCCGGCCCUCGACCGGACGCUCCUCGCCGCCCGUGCGCCGCCCCAGAUUGACUACUCCCACGACGAAUUCAAGCAGAUCGAGGACGUCUCCGACAGCGAUUCCCUCUUCGAACAGCAGGAGAUGAUCCACCGGUCCUUCUCCUUCGACCUCGAGAAGCUCGAGAAGCUCAAGAAGGAAGCCACUGCGGACGGCUCCCUCGGUGGCUGCACCUCUUUCGAGGCGCUGUCGGGUUUCGUCUGGAGGGCCAGGACCCAAGCCCUGCGCAUGCAGCCUCACCAGCAGACGAAGCUCCUCUUCGCCGUUGACGGCCGGAGACGCCUCGAGCCGCCGCUGCCCAAGGGGUACUUCGGCAACGGGAUCGCGCUCACCUACUCCCUCUGCGCCGCCGGGGAGCUCGUCGACGAGCCGCUAUCGUUCGCGGUGGGGCUGGUGCAGAAGGCUGUCCGGAUGAUCACCGAUGGUUACAUUCGGUCGGCCAUUGACUUCUUCGAGUCGACCAGAGCCAGGCCCUCGUUGACCGCCACCCUCUUGAUCACCACCUGGUCGAGGCUGUCCUUCAAUUCCACGAACUUCGGCUGGGGUAAGCCUCUGCACUCCGGUCCGGUGACCCUCCCGGAGAAGGAGGUCUCGCUGUUCUUGUCCCAUGGGAAGGAAACCAAGACCAUCAACGUACUCAUGGGGCUGCCCACCGCCGCCAUGGAGACCUUCCAAGAGCUGAUGGAGCUCUAG